CGCUUGUAGCCGUGCUGCCACAGCCUCGCGAGAUGCAACGUGCGACGUCAGGAUUACAUGGCCGCCAGGAGUCGGGAGCAGCUGGAUAUUUAAACGGGGUUGCGGGACAUUUAAACUGCGACCGGCGUUAAAGAAAAUUGGGAGAGUCCCGGUAAAAGUUGUUGGGCGGCAUGAAGCGUCGGGGGUACAGGCAGCUGGCACGUUUAUAUAUCAAGUUUUAAAUCAGCUUUUGUAUCCCUGCUUUGUGCUAAUAGCGUGACAUCUACAACUAAACUGUCCCUAUGGAAUCCUUGGCAACGUUCUAGGGAGACUGACCCCACCUUGUAGUGUGUGUGAUUCGCUGGGGAAGGUGCAGCUAUGCUUCUAGGCAGCUGUUUUCUCACCUACGAGGACUUUACGAAAAGGUUUAGUUCCUACAAAAAUGACACCAAGAACAGCUACAGCAUUCACAGUAGCACCUCAGUCCUGGAGCACAAUGAGACCCAAGGAGCCUGCGUGCGGGAAGAUGUCAUAUUCACCCGCUUAAAAUUUUGUUGUUCGCGGAGACAGGAAAGUCCAUGCCCGGCUUACUUCAUUCUGCAGUAUGACGAGAAACUGGAUUGCCUGGUGAUUAAGGAUGAAGACUCUGAUCAUGUCCACACUGUGGAAACAGAGGAGGUGUCCAAUGAAAUGGAAUCUCCUUCUGAAAAAUCAGAGCCACUGCCUAAGAAACUGUGCAGCAAGAGGCUCUCUUCAACUUGCCCUGAUGAUGAUACAGCACAGGUUUGUGUUAAUAUGGAAGAUCUGUCCGACCCAGAUGACUGCCAUGGUGGCUCAGUCAAUGAGACUGACCGUUUUGAGAAUGCUGUCUCAGGAGCUGCAGUCACGAACUUGACCCAGCUGAUGAAAAAAUUUUCAUCUGAAGAUACAGGUGCCAAGGCCAUUAUGACCAUUGGGAGUCAAAAGGAAUUGGAGCAUUUCGGUUUCCAGACAAGUAAAAUGGGUGGUUUAUUUGAAAAGUAUCCAGAGAGUCUUGUGCUACACAGGGUCGCCAUAAAAUCUGGUUACAUCCUUUAUGCUUUCCUGGUUGAGACCAAAGAGCGAAGCACAAAAGUAGUUCACUUCUCCUUUGUCAGAAAGGAAAACCCAAACACCUUGGGCAAAAUGUUGAGUGUCUUUCAAAACUUCAACGCAGACUGGCUAAAAGUAAAAGUAAUCUUUACAGAAAUGUCCUUUGGACACACGGCCCUUCUUAAAGAGCGUUUUCCUUCCGCACAAAUUCUGCUGUCAGUGUAUCAUAUGGCUCGUUUGAUUGAGCGAAAGAUGAGAGGCUCUGCUUCAACCAAGGAGUGGCUUCAGAAAUCUCUAGAUGAUGCGAUAUACAACACAUCUCCAGAGAAGCUGUCAGUCCUUGCCGGUAAACUGCAGGGCAGAGUGGCUAAAGAGCUGUACAACUUCCUGGAUGCUCACUGGUUUUCCUGUGAAAUGCUUUGGUACAUGCAUGUAAAGAAGGGCUUGCAUUCAUGCAGCACCUACAUGGACAGUCUGGAUGUAGUCGCCAAAAAAAUAUUCUGCUUGCUGCAAAAACAGAGCUCUAUAGAAUCUGAUAUCCAGAAGUUUGUGGAAAAUGCUGACUGUUUCAACAGCAAAGUAUUGGGGAACCAAAGAGAUGGUUCCUUGGGCUUUUCCAGACUGAGCCCUAGAACAUCAAACAGAAACAACAAAAUGAUCCAGAAUACAAACUCCUUCGCUGCACCACCAAAAGUCUCUUCCCCCAACCCAAUUGUUGACACAGCACUGCCUGUUCAGAAAGACAAAGCUUCUCCAAAUGACUGUCCUAUUGAGCAAGUUGACAAAAAGGCUCCCCCAUGCUCCUCCAACAAUGUGAGCACAUGGAUGAGGCAGCAGGAAAUCGUUUCCAAGGAGAGAGACAAAGAAAUUGCAAAAAAACUCAUGGUUUACAAAUUUGCACCGUCUCAAAAGGGUCAAGUAAGACCUCGGAAUGUAACCGAUACCAUGGCUUUUGCUUUGUGGGAGCACUGCAGUCAUCUUGGCUUUCAGCUUUGCAUGAAGGAGUGGGAGGUGGUGAAACGGGCCACACAUCGUAUCAAUGCAAAGAGUGGGUAUAUCGCUGUCCAGAUUCUUGAACAAUCGCAUAAGAUCAGUAAUAAUUGCGGUUCUUGCACAUGCUACUUCAGUGUAAACUACCAGCUGCCAUGUCGGCACAUGUUGAGUAUCCUAUAUGCAUGCAAGAAGCCUGUGGAAUCAGCCAUGGUCUCUAGCAAUUUGCAGAAGAAAUACAUGCAGCCCUUAUGUGGUUUGAAGGUCUGGAACAGGUUAUUGCACUAUACUAGGGAUGAGGAAGAGGCUAAGGAGCGACACAGCAAGAUCCGGACUCUAACCAGGGAACUCUCUAAUCUUCUGUUACAGUGUGGGGCUCCUGACUUGAAUUCCAGGUGCUCUACUCUGAAGGCUUUGAUGGACAAGUGGAGUACACAAUCUAAAACAACUGUUAAUGGAUAUUCUUCUGAAAUGAACACUGUAGAACUUCCCUAUCAGUGGGUGAAGAGAGAACCCUCUGAAGGAGAAGAGUAUUCUGGUUGCCAGGAGCUGUGUAGAUUGGAUUUUCAGCCAUCUUGGAGGUGAAACACUAUUGACUAAUAAGAAAUAAAAUAAUUGUUGGCGUACUCUCUGUACUUACCUCAUGUCUUCAGUGAACUUUGUGUCUGGGCCUUAAAUAUUUGUGUCUAUAAACAGACAAUGCCGAAAAUGUAUUUUAGUGUAAAGAAAAUAAAUUUCUUUGUUAUUUUU